AUGACAGAAAAAGAAAGAUUAUCUUCUUCUUUUUCCAUUGAAAGUCUUCUGUCUACAAGCGAUUCAAAACUGCAGGAACGUCCAAGAAAAACCUCGAUAUGUGAGAAAACACAUCAUCGACAUUCUAACGAUGCUGAUGGAGAAUUCAACGAUGACAUCAAAGAUCUGGACGAUGGCCCGACUAACACGGAUACAAACUUCCCAAAAGGAAAAGCUGUAAAAUGUAAACACAUUAACACCGUAAUCCAAACAUCAUCAGAGGAAGCAGAAAGUGAGAAAAGGACUCUAAAUGUGAAAAUAAAUCCAAACCAUGAAGAUUCCGGAUGCUUAAAGACUCGGAAGAAAACGAGGACUGUGUUUUCACGCCAUCAGAUUUUCUGCUUAGAGUCUGCUUUUGACGCCAAGCGUUAUUUGUCAAGCACUGAGCGUUCUGAAAUAGCUUCCACUCUUAAUCUAACGGAAACUCAAGUCAAAGUGUGGUUUCAAAACAGACGCAAUAAAUGGAAAUCCCAACUCGCCGGUGAUCCAAGUAUUCCACCCGAACGCUUCCCUGUGUUGCCUUAUAGCGGAAGGUUUCCGCUUCCAAUUGGAACCCUCGGAACUCCUUUUUAUCCACCUUUGUUUUAUUUGUGA